AGAUUCUGAAGAUCACUUCGCAUCUAAUCUACUGCACUUCGUUACCAUAGCAAUCCUAUCUCUGUUUGUCCUCGAGAUUGUCCUGAAGAUAUACGCUCUAGGAAUCGAGUAUUUUUGGUUUGAAAAAUGGGAGAUGCUAGAUGCUUUUGUCAUAGUCGUUGCUUUUACGAUCGAAAUUACUUUAAGCGCAAUUCAUGCGAAUGAGUGGAAGGGACUGGAACUUAUCAUCGUUUUGAGGCUGUGGCGAGUCAUAAGACUGGUGACGGUGAUGGUUACCUUCAAAGAAGAGUUUUACGAACUGAUUGAGGAUGAAAUAGAUGCUAAAAGAAAAGUAGACGAAGCAGAAACCGAGACAGAAUCCCUGCAGAAGAAAGACUAGACAACACACAAGAUAAACAGUCCUCUUUAGAAUCAGUAUGGUCAAUGUUCUUCUUUCUUUUAAAUAGGGAUAUCAUGGUCAAAACAGUGGUCCAAAUUACUGAGGCGUGAUUUUUUUCACUUUAAUCGUCUAAUAAUCUAUUUUAUAUUUAGGAUAGUACGUGCGCGCUGAUUGGUCGAAAACUGUGGUUUAUUAGUAACGGAGCAAAGCCUUAAGAUGCCAUCCGCGCGUAAAGUAAAGACGGGGAAUGUCUUGAAGAAGAUAACUCAAAAACUACAGUACCCAAGCGAGUUUACGAAUUUAUUUUGAGAUCCAAAGCUUAUCCAUUAAUCAGUUAUUGUUACAGUAAUGAUGAAAAGGUAAAUUAUACACCGUGAAAAGAUGAAAAAACUUACUGACGUUUCGUUUUGUUACAUACCAGUAUGUAUAUACAUCUGACCAUGACAUCGAGAGAGAAGGAAGAUUGAGGUAUAAGUAUUGAAAAGAAGUGACUACGGUGUAGGAGGAGUAGGAGAAGGAGAAGAAGCAACAAGAGAAGGAGAAGAUGUAGAAGAUGAAUCAGUAUCUGCAUGAAAGCUUUUCAUUUAAAAAUUCAAUUGGCUUGUAUGAUUACAGGAUUGCUAUAUUACACGUUUUUUCCCGAAUUUCAGAAUUUUUGUCCUCUAAAAAUAAUAUAUAAUGGAAGCACUGCUAGCCAGAUAUUAUAACGAGACAACGUACUUGAUAGGUCUACUCUAAAGCACCAUAUAAUACACCUCAAACAUGUGGUUGGCUUGUCCAAUCAUUGGAAAUUGUUUUAUGGAUUCAAAUGCACAGCUUCCGCUUCAUUGAGAGACCAGGCGUUUUCUUCAAAGAUUUUCUCAAAAAUAUUUCUGAUUUCUAGCUCAUAUUAUUAUUUUUUCUUGUUCGAAGCUGGCCAGUAGGUAUCAGCUUCAUUGCAUUCUAAUUUCUACAGCUUCUUUGCUAGAAAUCUCCCCAAAAAACCGUUCAAUCCUAUAAUAAUGAGCAUUUAGGUUCGUGCAGCUGGUGUAUCAAAGAAAGAAAAUGGUCGACAGGAGCGAGGAAACAGCUGAGGAAGCUAGACGAGGCCAGCGAAGCAAGAAAGAAUGGGUGAAGGGAGGCUGUUGGGUUUUUCAGAAUCUAAUGGGGAAGAUGUUGACCGGAGUCACGUGGCAGAUGACGAUCAUUUUAUUGGUUCUCAUUGAAGUCGUCAUCAACAUCAUUCUUCUAUUGAUUGCUUUCAAAGCUAUCAAAGAUUCUGAAGAUCAUUUCGCGUCUAGACUGCUUCACUUCGUUGCCAUAACAAUUUUGGCUAUUUUUGUUCUUGAGAUUUGCCUGAAGCUUUUUGCUCUUGGAUACAAGUUCUUUUGGCUACAGAAAUGGGAGUUAUUGGACGCCUCUGUUGUUCUAGUUGCGUUUACACUAGAAGUGAUUUUCAGCGCAAUUAAUGCCAACGAGUUGAGGGGACUGGAACUCGUCAUCAUUUUGAGGCUGUGGCGAGUCGUGAGACUGGUGUCGGUGAUAGUCUCGUUCAAGGAAGAGUUUUACGAGCUGAUCGAUGAUGAAAUAGACGCUAAAAAGAAACCAAAGGACGCGCAAGCCUCAUCACCGCCAACUGAAACAGACUCGCUACAAGCAAAAGAAUAAGGGUGAUAAUUUUGAGUUAGCAAACCAUGCGGGCUUAGACUCUGAAUAACCUGGAUGUUCAAGAAUAUUCAAUUUGGUUUUCCUAAUGAUAUUUAACGUAUCUUCGGCAAUGGUCCUAAGAAAUAGGGCCAAGGUGAUGGGAUUUAAAAGAAUUCAAGAUUUUCUUUAUUAAAAUCAUAUUUUUGAAAAUCUACUUCAAUCUAGGCAAUAAUGAAAUGAUUUAAAAUACCACCGAAUGGAGGCCAAGUGUGAAUAGUUCAACCCCAGCCUCGCUUCCAUGCGACUCCUAAUUAAGAUUUUCGUCCAAAAAAGUAGUCUCUAAAGUAAAGGUCUUUGUGAAAUUCUUGAUCGUGAGAGUAUAAUAACAGUUCCUGAAUUUAAAUAGAAGACAAUGAAUAUAAAAAUUACUAUUUAUUUUUAUCUAUAGCAGGAUAUAAAGAUUUAGCCUCUUUUGCAGACGUUCUUUUGGUUUGAUCCCCUAGAGGGGAGGGAGAAAAGACCAAAACGUAGAGCCGUCGUCUGUAAAAGAACCCUAAUAAACAUUGGGUGAAUGUUUUAAAAGAAGUAUUCAAAACACAUACACAAAUAUUAAAUUUAAUAAAGGAACUUAUUCUAAUGUCACUAACUAUUUAAAAGCUUUAUUUAAUAUAUAUAUAUAUACAUGUGUGGGGUAUGCAAUCUGUAAAAUAACAGAGUUGCUUAAACUCAUAAACAAAUUUACAAGAUAAUCUCUUAUAAAUGAUAGAUCCUAAAGAAUCAGCAGCGAAUGAAACAGUAUCUGAUACAUCUAUUGAGGUCCACUUUUUCUUGAAGUUACAUAUAAAUUGAAAAUAAACUAGUAUAACUUUAUACAGA